GCUGUUUUCAGUUGUUCGAGGCAGUGACGACCAGUUUACUGAAUAUGUUUUCGCCAAAUUAAAAUAGAAGACAUUUUAUUCAUCUUUCCGUUUUUUGGACUUUUAUUUAACCCUUGCUUUAAAUGUAGGUUUUUAAUCGUACAGCUCUUGCCUGCCUAACGCAUUUCCACCAAUAACGGGCUGUCAGUGGCAAGCAAUGGAGGUGGGCACGGUUGUGCAUGAAGAAAUGAAAUUUCGUGGGUCUGAAUUUGCUGUCAAGGUUGAGAUGGCUGAGAGGUUGCUAAUCGUAGAGAUUUCAGAUGUCGUGACAGCGGACCAGUGGAGAGGAGAGUUCGAUCCUGCUUAUAUUGAGGACCUGACCAGGAAAACUGGGAAUUUUAAACAGUUUCCAGUAUUUUGCAGCAUGCUUGAGUCUGCUGUUCACAAGUCCAGUGAAUCCGUGACUCUUGACCUCUUGACAUAUUCUGACCUGGAGCUUCUGCGGAACAGAAAGGCAGGUGUCGUUGGCCGUCCUCGUGCUCAGCCACAGUCUCCUGCUCUGAGUGCUAAACGAUACCUCAUCCUCAUCUACACAGUGGAGUUUGACAGGAUACAUUAUCCUCUUCCACUUCCAUAUCUCGGAAAACCUGAUCCUGCGGAGCUUCAGAAAGAGAUAAGAGCUCUGAGGUCCGAGCUAAAAACACUGGGACUGAGAGGAGACCACAAAGUAUCAGACCAGGAAACACGCAAGCUGCGCACUGAGUUGGCUUUGGUGAGAGAUGAAAAGGAGGCCUUGGCCAAGGCUCUGGAUCGUCUGCAGAUGGUGGGGUCUGGAUCUGCUCCUGGGGCUCGUGGGCUCAGAGAGGCGGUUCACAGCCUGGAAGAACAGCUGCUGAAGGAAAGGGCAAAAAGCCAACGCUCUGCAAUCAAGAAGAGCCAGGAACAGCGCCUCCUGGUGGAACAGUUAGAGGAACUCAGGGCCUCCGAACGAGCUCUUCGAAUACGGGUUAAAAGUCUAACCACUGAGUUAGCCUUGUUACGACGUGGUCGAGCAACUCCAGUCAUGUCUGACCGAAGUGGACUCAGAGGUGAUGGUGUGGUUCAUCGUUCUUUAUCCAGAGAGCGCAGUUUGACUCGUGUUGGAGUAAGAGCACGCUCUGGGUCGAGGGAGAGGAUGGAGGACAGGGGUCGCAGGUCAGAGGAGAGAGUUAGGAGGGCAGACUCUUCAGGGUCGAGGAAUUGCAUUACAAGACCCUCGCCGUCUCCAACAGGGUCACGUGUGCCUCGGUUUGACCCUACAGCCUACAUCCAAGACCGACAACGGCGCCAAAAAGAGGCAGAACUGAAGAGCAAUGCCCUGUCUGUGAGCAGGAAUACGGUUUACUUUGAAAGUCAGAGGAAGAUUCGAAGGGACAUGCUGGCUUCGCCGUCUCUGAUGGAAAGAGGCCGUUCACGCUCCAGAGAGCCCGUUCCUCAGCUCAUGAGGGCAGGAAGUGCUGGCAGAGGCAGGAGUGUGUCUGUAGAGAGCCGGAGGAGUCGCUGCUCUUCUGAAGGAUCAGUGGCGGAGUUUGAAGAGCUUGCUAAGCCUCUAAAUAGCAGAGGAAGGAAACUGAUGUAUAAUGGUCCAGCUGUGUCCAGAGGAAGGCACAUUAACAAAAAACCAAUGUGUAGCACCCCAGCACAAAGAAUGAGAGCAGGAGACACAUCUAUGGACACAGGUGCUGACCUCUCGGAGAUUGACGCUCGACUUCAGGCCCUGCAGGAUUACAUGCGGGACCUUGACACAGGACACUAAUUAAUCCCAAUGGACUGAGAUGCUGAUCUAGGCAUUUUGCACAAAACUGAGACUGAAAAAAACGGACAAUCAAUUCUUUCAAACACUGUGUACAGACGCGUCUGUAGUCAUUUACUAAUGAAACUCGAAUGCUGUUUGUUCUCUCUUUCCCUAAUGUAACUUUGAGCUUGGCUCAAAAUGCAGUUACACUGGCUUUGUGAAGGGGCUUUUUGAGACUGUUGCCAUAUCAGACUUGAAGAAAACCAGAAGUGUCCAAAAAGUAUGACCUCAGGAUAUAUAUAUAUUUUUGGUUUGUUUUUUUUAAAUGCAUUCCUGUGUAUGUUUUAUGAAUUAGUGCUUUUUGACCAUUGUUGUUGGUUUUUAAUAUGAUUAGUGUAUAUGUUUUAUGUCUGUUUUAGAUGCUUUCAAAUUUUGUGAUUCUUAAAAACAAAGCUUUUUUUAUCAAAUAAUUUUGCAGUUCAUGUCUAUUCUUGACAGAACUUUGGAAUUAUAUAAUGGAACAGAAUUUUUGCCUGAAUGUGGCCAUUUCAUUGUUAUUUUUCCGUUUUUACUGAGGUCUCUAAUUGUUAACGUGAGCUCACCGAAUUUAGUUUUUUGGAAAAAUCUAAAUUUUGUAGAUGUGGAAAUAUGGGCAGAACUUUUAAACCUUUGUUGGUAUAAAAAUCCCAUGUUUGUCUAUGGAUUAACAUCUGCCAUGAGCUACAGUCCAUUUAACUAAUAAAGUA